AUGUCGUUCCCUACCAAGGACAUGCUGAUUGAAUUUGAACUAGUUCAUGGUUCUACAGAAGUUCCCACAAGAGAUAGCAAGUUUGAAGGGUGUACUUCAUUCUUGUCUGGGCUUUAUCGCUACGCCAUCGAGCUUAAGAACAACAAGCUGAGCAUUUGGAUGGAGAACCGCAAUAGCAAGAAGCAGUGGUACACGGGCGAUUUGGACAAGCAGGUCUAUGUGACGGCUGACAACGCGCUCAUUGGCGCAUCGACUGAGGACUAUCUCCAGCUUCGUGUGUUGCACGCGACGUGGGAAGCCAAAUUCGAGUUUCUACUCGAUCCGGUUUCUGUUGAGCGAAUUGACAUUUUAGAGGCACAGUUGUACGACCACGAGGAGGAGCUUAAGAAGAUCAACACCCUAGAGGCUAAACUGCGCCAACAACAAGAGAAACUGGAUAAGCUCGAGGUUGUAAAGGCCACACCAACUUCUUUGGCCGAGUUCAAGGCUGUACGCACGUUUGACGAUAGCAAGAGAAUAAAAUGGAUCGAAAAUGGAUCCGACGAGCUUGUCAAGAACUGCGACGAUGGCACGCUGAAAAUUCGUCGCGACGGGGUGUACCUCAUCGCAGCAGUGAUCGAGAGAGACAGCGAGAGAGAUGGAUUUAGUGAUGACGGUGAAGAGGAUGAUGACGAUGAGGAGGAUGAAGAUAACAAAGAGGUGAGCUUGCUCAAGAAUGGCGAAUGCAUUCAGUAUGGCUAUUUCGCGGAAGAUGGCCGCAUCGCGUCCCCGAUGACAGUUGCGCGUCUGAAGAGCAACGAUGAAUUGUUGGUUACAGUAACGUGCAUGCUUGCAAACACCUCGACGCUGUUUAUCACUCGACUUGCCGACUAA